AUGGCAAAGACAUCAUUCAUUAAAAAAAUUCAGUGGAUGGGAAUUUCCAAACUGAUCUUAAUUGCACUUCCGUCCAUAGUCUUCGGCAUUUUGACUGUUAUAAUAACAUUACGACAAAACAGUUUUCAAGAGUUCAUUCGCAAACAAGAUCGAGAAGAACACCAUCGAGAAAACCUUCGAUUAACCUAUCAAAAUUAUAUCAAUGAUAUCUCCAAUGUUCUAUUCGAAAAAGCUUCCAAUUCGACCGACCAUCAUCGGCGUUUAUUAGAAAUCCGAGCCAAAACUCUCUACGCCUUUUCAUUGCUUGAUCCGUCGAAAAAAUCUAAUAUCAUCUUAUAUCUCUACGAAACUCGUUUAUUAAGAUCGGACUCGAAUCCAAAUGAAAGACUCGAUUUAACUGGUAUAGAUCUGAGCAAUGUCAUCUUCAAUGGCUCAUUUGGUCGACCUCUGAAUCUCAGUUAUAUCUCUCUCGCAAAUAUAAAAGCAACGAAUCUUGUUUUUCAAUGGUGUCAGUUAACAAAUGCUAUUCUUGACAACUCGUAUAUGCCAUCACUGGCCAUAUCAAAUACCGCUUUAACAAAUACGAGUUUUAAACGCGUUUACGCUCCAUUCAGCAGAAUGCAUAAUGUUCUUUCACAUAGAAAUAACUUUUCCGGGUCUAAUCUAAGUCGAAUGCAUUAUAUAAGUAAUGUUUAUAUUCCCGGAACGGUCGAUUUUACCAAUACAGAUUUACUCAAUAGUUAUGUUACAUUUGACGACAAAUAUGUUGACUUGAACAAGCAUAUCAUCGACAGCAGCAUCACCAUUCUAAAUGCGCGUUUACCAAAUGGCGUGUUUCUUCAAAUCGAUUCAUCUGAUCUAGUCAUCGAUGGACAUGCACAGCAAAAUUGUCAAUCUAACAGAAGUGAAAACAUAUGGCUUUCAAGUGGAAGUUUAUCAACACUUGAAAUCUCUUCAAUACCAGUGAAUUCAUCGUUGAAUAGCAGCAGUUGCUAUUUUAUUGGCCAAUCGGCAAAUGAAGCAUCUUCAAUGCAAACGAUUGACUUACAGAAAUUCUCGACAUUGAUCGAUAGCGAUCUUGCUUGGUAUAAUUUAUCGUGUUUUAUUGGAUGUUUACAAGGAAAUAAUUCGAAUAUCUCAGUACUAUUGAAUUUUUUCUCAGAUUUUGCCAUUCCACAUCAACAGUAUGCAGCGAUUUCAACAAAAACUGCUCCAUGCAUUAUUGCUGACCACGAUACCAUUCCAAAAUUAACACGAUUUGUCCAUUUAGAUCUUCAUUACUAUUCUACUGAUAAAAAUGGAUUAUGCUUAGUCGAUAGUAUCGAAUUUCGAAUAUUUCAAGCAAAGAAGUCAUGA